UGGCCCAUUACACAAAAACGAGGACAAAGGAAAGGAAGGAGGUGUAAUAAACCUAUUGUAGCCGCAGCUGUUCCCAGUGCCGCCGUCGCCUCCUGCGCACCACCGCGUCUUGGUCAAAAUCUUCGCCGCAAAACACCGCCUCGGCCACACCUACAGCUCGCACAGUCCCCUCUAUUCGCAGCUUCGCACCGCACUGACCGCCUCUUGCAGUUUCCUCCCUCCAUCGCACUCAGCUUCUUCUCUUCAGUGGCAGUGGUGUGAAGCUAAUCAAUAUGCCUCGAAAGCCAAGAAGGCAUAACCAACGACCCAAAACAUGGCCUAUUACAUUCUCUCCUUUUGCUCGUGCUCUUGCUCAUAUGCACUCUUUUUCGACGCCUAAGCGUCACUCUCAAACUAUUGAAAACCCUGCCCCCACCUUGCAUAGUAAGGGGAAUGGAUUUAUCAAGGGCAAUUUGGAAGAGAUACCGGAACAACAGUCCGAGUCAUCUGAUGAGGAGGAAGGGUUCGAUGGAGUUGUCCAGGCAGAUUUUUCAUUUUUUGAUCCUAAACCUGAUGACUUCCAUGGAGUUAAGACCUUGCUGCAAACAUACCUGGAUGAUCAAGAAUGGGACUUGAGUGGCUUUACGGACUUGAUUUUGGGACAGACCACCGUAGGGACUGUUGUGAAGAUAGAGGAUGAUGAGGACGAAGGGCUUUUUGCCGUUGUCACUGCGCUUAAUUUAUGGAGGUAUAGGGAACAAAGAUGCAUUACAACACUCAAGGACUUUCUCCUCAGUAAAGCAUGCCAAGAGAAGGGGGUUUCUGACAAAUUAAGAUUACUUUUGGGGGAACAAGCACGUAACGUAGGUCUCCUGGUAUCGCAGCGUGUUGUUAACCUUCCUCCCCAGCUUUUACCACAUCUUUAUAAUGCCCUUUUUGAUGAAGUUUCAUGGGCCACAGAAGAUGAGCCAACAGAGGACCUUCGGAAUUCCUUCAAGUUUAAUCAUUAUCUAAUUCUUAGCAAAAUUUAUAAGAACAAGAAUAUAGAAAAGAAAAGAAAACUGAGCAAUGAUAGUGAUGAGCCAAUAAUUUAUGUAAAGCCCGAGGAUGAAAUUUUUCAUAAGUUAAGCUCAUGGUCCUUCUGUUUUCCAUUGCAAAAUCAGCAGGUUGAUUCUCAUGAGCUGAGGAAUUACAGGUCUAUGGGAUUAGUCAUGGCUGUUGAGGCUGACAAAAUUCCAACAUUUCGACAAGAAUUGUCUUCUUUAAUAAUUGACCCAUAAAGGCAGCCAGAAGGUGUUUGAGCUGCCAAAUUUUGGGAACUUCUUUAUACAAAUUUUAUUAUGGUCCUCUUUAUACUGCAAUGACUAUUGACAAGAUAUUGAAGACUUUCCCCCUGUUGUUUUAGUAUGUACACUUUUCUAGGUUUCUCACUUUUUGUUUGCUUAAUUAGUGAACCUGCAAAAUUGUUUAUGCUUUGGGGAACUCAUUGCAAUGAGGGUGAAUACCACCCUUUUCAGUCAAAACUGGCAAACUUAAUGUGAUCAACUCAUCUUUGGAGCUGUAAAUUCAGCAGUUUAUAUAAACAUUUGUAGAGCGGUCAA